AUGUCAUCGUCAACCGAAUCCAAAAUCGCCAUGGCCAAAACAGUCGUUUCCACCAUUGGUUCCGUCGCAGCGGCGGCAAUGGUGGCUCGCAGCGUUGGCCGCGAUUACUUGCCUUCUGAAUUCCAGGAAUACCUCUAUUUUGGCUUUCGAAGCUUCAUCAACAAGUUCUCCACACAGUUAACCAUGGUUAUCUACGAAUUCGAGGGGUUUCAAGAAAACGAAAUUUACAUCGCCACAGAGCUUUACCUCGCCGCCCGGAUUUCUCCCCAGAUCCACCGUAUGAAGAUCACCAAACACACCAGCGAGAAAAACAUCACCGUUGCCAUGGAAACCAACGAAGAGGUUACCGAUGUUUACAAUGGAGUCAAGUUCAAGUGGUGUUUGCUGUCUAAUAAGGCGCCGACGAGAGAAUAUCAUCCUAACGAUGGUAUGAUCGGAACUUCCCGAUCCGAUGUUCGAAUGCUAGAACUCACAUUUCAUCGGAAACACAAGGAUCUUGCUUUGAACGAAUACCUUCCGUUUAUACUUAAUGAUUCGAAAACGAUGAAACAAGAAGUGAAAAGCGUGAAGCUAUUCACCGUCGAUCCGAUGAUGAUGCAUUCAAACUCUCCGACAAUGUGGGCGCCGGUGAAUCUAGAUCAUCCAUCGACCUUUGCCACACUGGCAAUGGAUACAGAUGUUAAGGAGAAGGUGAUGAAGGAUUUAGACAGGUUUAUACAGAGGAGAGAGUAUUACCGGAAAGUCGGAAAGGCAUGGAAGAGAGGCUACCUGCUGUAUGGUCCGCCGGGGACGGGAAAAUCAAGCUUGAUCGCCGCCAUGGCGAAUUACUUGAAUUUUGACAUCUACGACUUGGAGUUGACUGAUAUAAGGUCAAACUCGGAGCUGCGGAAGUUGUUGGUGGGGACUGCUAACCGGUCGAUACUGGUGGUGGAGGACAUUGAUUGCUCGGUGGAGUUCCAUGAUCGAGAGGGAGCAGAAGCUGCGAGAUCUUUUGCUCUACAAAAUCAAGGAUGGGAUUACCGGGAAACACCCAAGGUAACAUUAUCUGGAUUUCUCAAUUUCAUUGAUGGAUUAUGGUCAAGUUGUGGUGACGAAAGGAUCAUCAUAUUCACCACAAACCGAAAAGACAAACUUGACCCUGCACUCCUUCGUCCUGGUCGUAUGGACGUUCAUAUCAACAUGUCAUACUGCACUCCCUGUGGGUUUCGGCUGCUAGCUUCCAACUAUCUUGGGAUAACGGAACAUAAUCUUUUUGAAGAAAUCGAAGAUUUAAUUUGCAAGGUAGAUGUCACCCCUGCUGAAGUAGCGGAGCAACUUUUGAAGGAUGGUGAUCCUGACAUUGCUCUUGGUGGCCUUAUUGAUUUUUUCGAUGUGAAGUUUAAGGAGAAUGAAGAGGUCAAAGCAAAGGCAAAUAAAAAAGAAUUAGCUAAAGCAAAGGCAAAUAAAAAAGAAUUAGCUAAAGCAAAUGCAAAGAUUGAAGAUGAAGAAGCUUUAAAGAAUAAUGAAGAGAAUACACAAAUUGAAAUGAAUGAAAUUCAUUUAAUAUCAAGUAACGGAUUUAGUGGUGAACCUUAUCCGUCACUAAGAAUGUAA